AUGUUUGAUUGGAACGACGAGGAGUUAACAAAUAUCAUAUGGGGUGAUGGUGGAGAAAGUGAUGAUCACAUUGUUCCGUAUCCUGAUCAAAUCGAAGAGAAACCCGCAGUGCUAUACGGGAAAGAAUCUAAUCACCAAUCUUCGACUAUUAUUAGCCCGCUUGAACCGAAGAAACAUACUGCCAAGCCCGAAUCUGAUGAUUCUACAAGAGCUUCUGCCUCAAAUGGCAAAUCAACAAGCCCCAAAAAGAGCUCCGUACCAGAUGAGAUGGCGCAAUUGGAUAAGGAUUCGGGAAUAUUUGAAAAUCCAGCGGAAGAACGAGAAGACGGCGACUUUGUUGACUAUGGGUGGGCAAAUAUAGGAAGUUUCGAUGAUCUAGACAGGAUAUUUAGCAACAAUGACCCAAUAUUUGGGGACUUAAGUGUCGGUAAUGCUGAAGAGCUAUGGCCAUCUUCUAAAGACGGCAACAGGAAGAAAAAGUUUGCAAAGGGUGAGGAAGCAAGCAAGAAAAGUGAAAGAAAGGCAUGGGCAAAGCCUUUUCAACAAAUUAACAGUGUGUAUUCAUCUCAAAUUACACAUCAGCAAAUCCCUGUGGCAUCCCCUUUGUAUGGUAGCAACAUGAUGAAUCAAUACUUACCCACACAAUUCCAUCCUUUGGAUAGAAAAGAUCACGAACGAGCCGAUGUGCUGCCAGCUAUGACGCCCAAAGAAAAAAUCGAGAAGCUGAGGAGACGGCAGCAGAUGAGGGCAAUAAUGGCAAUUCAAAAGCAGCAGCUGCACUUCAAAAAGCAAGCUUCUCAGCAUUCAAAAGUAGCAGCUGCAGUUGAGAACUAUCAUUCGGUUGUUGAAAAUUACUCGGUAGAGGAAUCAGUGCUAUACCGGGUUCAAGAUCACAUAUCUAAAAUGGACAUGCGAAUAAGACUUUGCAUACGGGACAGUUUGUAUCGGCUGGCCCAAAGUGCUAUGUGGAGACAAUAUCCAAAUGAGAUGAGCAGUGGCAGUGGCAGCACAUGCAGCAGAGAUGAACUUGGGAGCAACAAAGAUUCAAAUGGCCAUGAGAGGUUUACUAGAAUGCCGGAUGUAGAGACAGAUACAAAUCCGAUUGACCGUGCGGUGGCCCAUUUGCUCUUUCACCAGCCUAUCGAAUUCUCUGGCAAACCUGCUGAGACACCCGAAUCGCCUCUAUCAGGCAACCACAUAAAGAAAGCUAGUCCAAUCAAAAGCUUGGGAAAGGGAUAUUUUCCCGAGAGUGCUGAAAACAAUACUCACAUCACGUCCCCGCUUGAACCAAAACCUCCUACUGCCAUAUUUCCACAAGGAGAUGAGUCUCAAAAUAAUCUUUGUUUUGUUACAUCCAAAAAUGCUAUGAACAAUGAAAGUACAGAUGUAGUCCAGAUGAAUGACGAAAAAUCUUCCAAAUGA